AUGCUGAACUUAACGUUCUUUGAUGACGACGGAAGCUUUUGUCGCAUCCAGGAAGCCUUCACCGUUGCCUCGGUGAUCAACCCGCUGAUGGCCAUAGGCAAGCUGUUUCGAGAAGGUUGGGAGUUGCGAGUGAACGAAGAAGAAGGUAUGUGCCUUACAGAUGGAAGCUCAAGAAUACCAGUGCAUCUCCACAAGAACAGCUUGGCAGCCUACGCCUACGUACAAACUCCUUCAAGAAGCAGAAGUUACAGCAGCAACAACUACAAGAUGGUUCGGACAGUUGUUCAGCUCAACAAGCACGUUCAAGAAGCAGUGAACAGAGAAGAACCUGGUUGGCACAACACAGACAGCAUGGUGAUCGUGAAGUACGCCACUCAAAGCAGCUAUGAGAACCCAUCUCUCAUGUACAGCCCUACGCACUUUCCGUACAGAAGCACUUUGGUGAAAGAAGAGAGAGGAUGGAGAGCAGUUGAAGUUUCAAGAAAGUACUCCGAGAAGGCAGACCCUUUUGAAGAGUUUGCAGAAGGAGAAAAGGAAGUGGUUACAGCCAUUUCAGCAAAGCCAAUUCCACUUUGGAUCCUUGGCACUCCUUACGCUGCCGGAGACCGAGCAGACCAAGAAAGUCAUGGUCGUGACUACUGGAGAAUGGACCUCGAGAAAGGAGAAGUUGUUCGUCACCACGUAGUACCAAGAACUGUACUGUUUGACCCAACAGGUGUUGCCAACUGUCCUGUCCUCCUUGGAGAUCUCGAGAACAGCAGGUAUACCCAAGGAGACUGCAUCUACAGUACAGAGAUCUACGAACACAGCGACGACUGGAGAGCAGACCGUCUACCUCUACGUGAACACUUCCGUUUACCGUGGUUUGGUCAAACAAGGUUUCGUGUGAAGCCAGGAGUUGUUGAAGACCUAAAAGCAGAAGCUGCAGCAGAGGAGCUAAAGAAGAAGAAGGAAGAGCACUACAAAGAGAAGGAAGAUUCAGCAGCACCACCAGAAGCAGAGGAAAGUAAAGACGAAGAGAUGAGAGAAGCACCAGCAGACCAAGAAGCACCACAAGAAGUUGUUGAAGUUUUGGAGGAAAGCUUCUACCACGAAGGCGUCGAGUACACAGCGCAGAAAAGCAGUCUUAAGGAACUACAAGCACUUUGCAGAGAGUACAGAGUGAAAACAACAGGAAGCAAGAAGCAGCUCUUGAAGAGACUCGCCACAGCAGUCAGAGAAGAAAGGCUCAGCACGCAACACAAGGAACAACGGGAGCACCACCAAGCAUACCACCUAGCACCACCACAGGAACCAACGGAAGAGGAGAGAGCGUACCACAACUUGACGAUUGAGCAAGCCAAGCAGCUCUACGGAUUCCGCGAAGAAGUGAAGAGCCACCAUGCAGUGACUCUUGUCGCUGUGGACAGCUGGAGCAAGGCAGUUCUUGCGGUGCCCUGCAAGAGGAAAGGAGGUGCAGGAAGCACGAUGCAUCUCGCGGAAGCACUCGUGCAGUUCACCACGCAGCUCGGGUACAACACCCUCGUUCUCAAAGCAGACAACGAGAACGCAGCCAAAGCACUCAAGGACAAAGUACAGAAAGUACGCAGCAGCCUUGGACUUUCUACAACACUACAGGAAAGCAUUCCUUACGGCCACGAAAGCAAUGGAGAACCAAGCUCACCCAGCAAGCUACGAAAGCAAGUUAACAGAGCAGAGGAAACAGACGGUUACCUCAACAUGCCACAUGAUGAUGAAGUCUACGAAGCAGAUGAUGAGCUUGUGUACGAGUCGGAAGAAGAAGAAGAGGAGGCAGAGAGUGAACCAACGGAAGUUUCUACCAAGGUCCCUGUCGAGUUCUUCGACGAGGAGAAAGGACCACCGAACGUGGAUCCGGCUUUUCUUCAGAAGUUGGAUGAUGAAGCUACAGUCAAGGAAAUCAAGAGGUUAACAAAGAUGGGAGUUAUUUCGUUGGUUUCUACGGACCCUCAGGAAGCAACUGAGAACGUACCUCUGGUAGACUCAGAACAAGAACUUCACAAGUGGUUGACAACAAAGUUGGUGAAAGAUUGGAGGUUCAGAGAAGCUACAGGUUUUGAAGCUGAAGAAGCCAAAGAAGGAACAACAAAGCCCAAGCAGAUUCAAAGAAUUACAAAACUGGUGCCCAUGCUGGCUCUCGCCAACCAUUGGGCGAUCUACAGUGUCGACGUGAAGGUCAACGCGACGCAUCCAGUCUUUGGAAAGAAGGAAGACAUCGAACCAAUCCUCAAGAACCUCAAGAAGAAAGUGAACUUACAAGUUGAAGGACCUCUUUUGAACGAGGAAGACUACGAGAAAGGAUUUUCUGAGGAGACCGUGAAGUUUCUCAAAAGGAAGUACACGUACGAACAACAUGAACUACGAGUACAUAGCGAUAGCAAGUACGUGAAGAAACUCGUGGAGAUCCUCAAGCUGGAGAAGAAGAAGGCCAAGAACUCACCUUGCACACCGGCUAGUCAGGAACCUGACGUAUCCCAAGAACUGGACGAGGAACACUCGAGAACGUACGGAAGUUGUGUCGGCAUUUUGCUGUACGUGGCGCACGACCGUCCGGACAUUCAGUUCACAGUACGUAGCCUAAGUACUGCCAUGACGAAGCCAACGGAACGCAAAAGAAAGGAGUUGGAGCACUUGGCGCUCUACCUCAAAGGAACGUCAGACUACGCCGUUACGUACCACAGGAACAGCCCAGGAACGUCAGCUCUACGUCACCGCGCCGAAGAACCACAAGAACUACAAGUGAACUACGACGUGGACUCCUUCGACGAGGCAAAGAAAGAAGUGACAGAGAGAGCAGAGAAGUUGAAGAAGGUUGAGGAAAGCCUGGAGAAGGAAAAGGAGGAGUUCGGAAACCAAAAGACAGAGUUUGAGGAGACAGUGAAAAGGUUUUUGAAGAAGCAGAAGGAGGUGAAGGAAAAGGAAGACAAAGUUACAGAAAGAGAAGAGAAGUUAGAGAAAGACCAAGAGACCCUCCAAGAGCAAGCCAAGGUCUUAAGCGAGAAGGAGACAGCCCUUGAAGAAGCUGAGGAGAACGUCAAAGCAAAGGAAGCAGAGGUUGAGAAGAAGAAGAAAGAGGCAGAGAAGAGAGAGAGAAAAGCCCAGGAAAGAACCGUCGGGUACGACCAGGAGAGAGAAGAGUACGCCAAGAAGUACGUGGACGACGCAAAGAAGGACUUGGAGAGAGAGCUUAAAGUGCUAAAGCAAGAAGAGAAAGUAAGGAACCAGAAGCUCGACGACCUCCAGUACGACUACAAGAGCCUCAAGGACGACUACCAGUACUUCAAAGGUUACUCACAGGAAGUGGACGCACUUCUACUUGCAGCUAAGGACAAGAUCGUGAAGUACAAGAAGAAGGUCAAAAGCCUCAAGGAAACCAUAGGUGCAGCCUUGUCUGGAAGCAGGAAAGAAGCGCAAGCAAAAGAGGAAGAGAAGAAGAAAGGAAAAAGGCCAAAGCAGGUAGAGACAGAAGACCAAGAAGAGAAGCCGUCAAGCAACCAAGGAGACGAAGCUACCGUCGACCCCAACGACAUAGCUGAGUUCACGCAGCUUGGCUACGUGUGGGAGUUCAACAAGAAGACGCAAGAGUACCGCGCGAAGUGCGAGGACAAGAAAGGAAGCACGAGAAUCAAGAACGCUCCGGUGAAAGGCCGCCUCCUUUGGAACAAGGUGACGGAGUGCUACAGAAGACACAACGUGUGGUUUACAGACGGAAAGGAAUUGGAUAAAUUCCUCGAGACCAAGGAGAACGAGAAGAUCGAGGAAGAGGUGCAGCGACGCAUCGGCAUGAAGGGCAAGAACGACAACACAGGAACCAAGGGAAAAGGCCCUUCCUGGGACGACGGACACAACGACGGUUGGUGGUACAACGACCAGUGGAACAACGAGAACUGGAACACCAACGACGACGGCAGCAACUGGUACGAGAACGCGAACCCGAACAACAAAGGCUACUGGCAGUCGCCAGAAGAGUGGGCACAGCAGAACCAGUGGGACCAGUGGACACCCAAAGGAAAGGGUAAAGGCAAGAAGUCCAAGAACUGGGUGCAGACCCAGUGA